AGUCGGAGUAGACUGUACUGAGCUAGGUGGGCUAGUGGUCUGACGUCAUAUAACGUCUGACACCAGGGCAUGGCUUAGGUCCGUCCCAGUUGCCACCGGUUCGUCUAGUGGUGACACAGAGGCGGGCCUUCUCUGUAGCUGCUCCUGGGUUGUGGAAUGCACUCCCGGCAGAUAUUCGUGAUUUGAAAUCAUUGCUGUCCUUCAGAAGAGCCCUUAAAACCCAUCUGUUUGGCCUGGCCUUCCAGGGUUUUAAAUGAUUGACUAAUUGUUUUAAAUUAUUUCCCUAGUUUCCGGGUUUUUUAGCUGCUUAAUUGGCUUUAUUGUGUUUUAAUAGUUUGAUUUUGUUUUUAUCAUGCUGUAAACCGCCCUCAGCCCUUUUGGGAAGGGCGGUAUACAAAUCAAAUCAAUCAAUCAAUCAAAAUAUAAAGCCAUUAGCCAUGUUCAUAAUCCUGCAUGUACUGGCAAGCCCGUGCAACAGGGCUUUAGCAGCCUUAUGGAAAGAAGUAAUGCCUGGCAUCCUGAGCUCAGUGGAUUUCUGCUUCACUGGAGACUUCUGCACUAACAAGGCAAUCCUAUGCAUGUUUCUUCAGAAGCAAGUCCCAUUGUGGGGUAAGUCUGUUUAGGACCGUGUGUUUAGGACUGUAGUCUUAAUGAGCUUGUUGGAUGCCUUCCUAUACCUGGUUGAUUUGCAUGGGAAGCCAUGAGGCGCAGAAAGGAAGAUUAGGGAUUGGCAAAACAUGAUGGGAAGGACACCAGGGCAUGGCUUAGGACUUAAGCCCUAUUCAGAUAUUAUUAUGUUGUACAGCUGUACAGAUAUGGGUACACUUUUCCAUGUUUUUGUGUGAAUUUGUACCUAUGUUCAUUUUAAAAGUGAACCUGGGUAUGGGCCCCUCACAUGCAUGGUACAGACAGGAAGUGGACUGUGGUCCCUGUAUAACGCGUGAAGAACUGUACAUUCAUACAAGUAUUGAACAUAAAGUACGAACAGGGCUUUAGUUGAAACUAUAACCUGAUCGAGUGCAUUCUGCUUAUGAAAUUGUAUUGCUAUGGACCCUUGCUGGUACUGCGACUUGCUUUCAUGUGGAAGUGACCAAGAUGACUCUCAGUAUUGCAUUUGCUCAUGCCCUGAAAAUGGCUGGAUACGUAUAUGGCUGCAGGUAAGGAUUUGCAUAAUGUGGACAUGGUCAGUUCUAAUCAAAGCUUCCAAGGGCCUUCUGUGUUAUUAACUUGCCUGAGGGCCUUUCCAGAUAUCCAUUAACUGCACAUGAGAAACAUAAGCAUUUCUCUCUUUAGUACACAUUUCUCUCUAGGUUGCUCUUUUGUUGUAGGAAUAUUACAUUCUUAGCUUGUGCUUCACAGGUGCGCUUCAAGGUUGUGGUGUCAACAGAUGUGCACACCCUAAUAUUCCUUCCAUAAAACAAUUCUGGCUUCAUAUUUUGGCCUUGCUUUGUACCAUUUCCACCCAUACUUAUGAAAGCUGAAAUUUCCCAUCUUGUCCCCAUCUGCUUAUUUCAGACAGUCUUCCUGUCUGGUUGUUCUCUGCCUUUUGAUCAAAAUCAAUUUGUCAGUUGUACAUGAUGCUCAUUGGCUUGCCUAACUAACCAAUUAGGAUCUGGAAGUUAAAACCAAUAGAGCAACAGGCAAGUUACAGAGGGGACAAGGUUAAUUUAAGAGAGCUGUAAGGUCUGGGCAGAAUGGCAUCAUAGGGAGGUCUACCUAGUUCUAGCUCUCACUUGUCCAAUCAGUUCCUCUUAAGCCUUCAGUAGGAGGUGAUGGUUAUGGUAUAUUUGAGAUACUGUUUUGCUCACGUGCUCUCUCUCUCACUCUCUUCCAUCUCUUUCCAGAAGGAAAAACCUUUUACCAGGUGCACCAUGAGGAUGAGGAAGGGCAAGGUUCUAAUUUCUAUGACAUAGUGGUCAUUGCCACACAACCAGGGGCGUAACGAUAGGGGGGGCAGGCAGGGCACGUGCCCUGGGCACCACCCCAGCAGGUCACGUGGGGGGGCGCCAAAAAGUGCCCCUGCCUGCCAAUCCCCUUCCUUUAAAAAAAAAUUUUUUUUUUUUGCAUCCCGCUGCAGGCGCAGCACUGAGAGUGCACAGCACCAGCGGCUGCAGUCAAGCCGCUCUUCCCUGGGCGGUCCCCAGCGCCCCCCCCGCUCUGGCCCCGCCCGCUCACCACACUGGGCAGGGCACCUAAAGUUUGCUGCGGUUUGAGCAGCAAAAACGGCCGGUUCAUUGUUUCAUCACUGACUGAGACUCACACUAGCCUGGGCGGGCUUGCUUGCCUCGCUCCGCCUCCGCUCACUCCCCGCCCCUCCGCCAUUCACGCAUGCGUGAGUGUCCUUCCGGUUGCCGCCUGCACGUGGACUAGUCCGUCCACAGAGUUUGUUUGGGAAGGACGCAGCGUCAGACGCUGCAGCAGGCAGGCAAUCAUUUGUGUUGCUGGCUGGGCCUGGGGGCUGUGUGAGCGCCGCACACAAGACGGACUCAAAGUCGGAAGAAGGAUUCCAGAGGAGGGGAGACCUGACCUGCAAACCAGAGAAUAAGCAACUCUGCUGACUGGAACUGCAGGCACACAACCAACCACAAACCAGCGCUUAGAACCAGCCUACUAGAUUCGAACAUCAUGAUGCCACGGAAGAAGGCAAGUGGAGCUGAAGGACGGAAGAGGCGGCGGCUGGAGGCAGAGGAAGCCCAGAGGUCGAGCAGGUUCCUCGAGUCAUUCCUUACAAGGCCCGGGACAAGUAGCUCCACACCACCUCCGGCACCACCGCCAGCACAAGUGGAGGAGGAAGUCCAGCCAGAUGACGGUGGAUCAAGUGCACAGCCAGAUGACGGUGGAUCAAGUGCACAAGUGGAGGAGGAAGUCCAGCAAGAUGAAGAGGCUGCCACAGAGAGUGUGGACGUGACAGGAGGGCAAGCUUCUGCUGAUGUCGAGUCUACUGAUGAGAGUGAGACUGGACCCGAGAAGGAGGAGGAGGAGGAGGACAGUAUGUGCAUUGAACCAGUUGCUGACCAAGAGCCUCUAACUCUUAGGCCGGAAGUGAUUGAGCGGCAUGACAUCGGACUUCUGCAGUUUGACCAGGAUACUGGAAGACCGAUUAUCCCUGACACGCUGAGAACAGAAAUGAUUAAGCUGGGUGCAAAGUUUUUCCAGAACUCUGAGGGGCCUUUCCUACCAACUAGAAACCGUGCGAUGAACAAGACUUGGUUCAGGAAGAGAUUGGGAAGUGGCCAUGGUGAGGAGGUGACUAGUAAGUGGCUGCUCUAUUCCCCUUCUAAGAGGUCGGCAUUUUGCUUCUGCUGUCUCCUCUUUUCCCGAUCAGAGCAUCAGUCGACAUUGGAGCAGGAAAGUGGAUUCAACCACUGGAAAGCACCUGAAAGGAUUUGUGUGCAUGAGAAUGCCAAGAAUCAUCGGGAGUGCUUCACACAGUGGAAAGAAAUGGAAAGAAAUAUAGCUGGAAACAGAGGACUCAUUGAUGCGGAACUUCGAUCACAGAUUGAGAAGGAGAAGCAGAGGUGGCGCGAAAUCUUGUCAAGAAUCCUUUCCUGCAUCAAAUACCUUGCAACUCAGAACCUGGCUUUGCGAGGACAUAGGGAGUCAAUUCAUCUAGACAAGGAUGACACCAAUGUAGGAAAUUUCCUUUGCUUAGUGAAAUUACUGGCUACUCAUGACCCAGUCAUGAGAGAACACCUGGCCUAUGUGGAAAGUCAUCCUGGAUCCCCCUCUUAUCUCUCACCGGCAGUCCAGAAUGAAUUCAUCCACCUGAUGGCAUCCACUGUUCGCAAGAGUCUACUGAGAGGCAUUUGCAAAGCAAGAUACUAUGGCCUCAUGUUCGACUCGACUCCUGACCUGGCACACCAUGAGCAGAUGUCACAAGUAGUUCGAUAUGUAGAAAUUGAUUAUGAGAGUCAUACAGUCCGUGUGAGAGAGUCCUUCCUUGGUUUUAUCGAGCUAAGCCGGAAGGAUGCUGAGAGCUUGACUAAAGACAUUUUGGAUAAGUUAGAGAAGGACGGAAUGGAGCUGAAAUAUUGUCGGUCACAGUGCUAUGACAAUGCUGCUGUGAUGGCUGGACACAGAAGCGGUGUUGCCCAACGGAUACGUGAGAAAAACAACCUGGCUGUGUUUGUGAAUUGCGACAAUCAUUCACUCAACUUGGUGGGUGUACAUGCAGCCCAAGAGGAUGUGAAGAUGGUGACAUUUUUUGGAACCAUUGAUUCCAUCUACGUGUUUUUUUCUCGCUCAACACAGCGCUGGCAAAGACUCAAAAACGCCAUGCCCGUGUCUCUUAAGUCAGAGUCUGAAACAAGGUGGAGCUCAAGGACGGAAGCAGUGAAGCCAGUCAACAACCACCUGGAGGAGAUUCUUCAAGUUCUUCAGGACAUGAUAGAUGAUGAAGAUGAGAGCAAGGAAAGCAGAAGUGAUGCAGAGCAGCUGCGCAGCCACUUGUUGACCUAUUGUUUUCUGACUCUUCUAGGUUUCUGGAAUAACAUCCUCGCUCGAAUUGACAGUGUUCAAAAGAGACUGCAGGAUCCUAAAAUGAACUUCCACAAUGCUGCUGUGGAUUUGAAAAGCCUCCAGGCUCGUUUUGAUGGUGAGAAGUGCUGGUCAGAGAGGCACUCGAUGUAGGACAUCGUCUCUGUGAAGAAUGGGAUGUUGACUUUGAAAGACAUCCGAGACGGAAAAAACGAAUGCCUGGUGAGAAAUCAAGAGACGUUGGGUUAACAGCAAGGGAGGAGAUGGAAAGAGUCAUGAAGGGAACACUCGACCGUCUUAACAGAGAACUGGGCGAAAGGUUCACCCGCCUGCAUGACACUGAUGCCAAGUUUGGGUUCCUUCUCGAUAUCGAGGGACUGUGCUACAGUGCUGACAGAGAGAACCUAAAGACGAACUGUGAAAAUUUCUGCCAAAUGUACAGGACUGAUGUUGAUGUGCAGCUAUAUGACGAGAUUUUGGACGUCAGAAUGUUGCUAGCAGCACGGACCAACAUGAGAGUAGCAACACCAGAACAGCUUCUCGAAUUUAUAGUUGAAUAUAGAGAUGACGCCGCCUUCCCCAACUUCCGCAUUGCUCUGCAGAUCAUGCUGACUGUUGCAGUUUCCGUUGCCAGCUGUGAAAGAUCAUUCAGCAAGUUAAAGCUGAUACUUUCCUGUCUGAGAGCUUCCAUGGGUCAAGACAGACUCUGUGAUCUUGCUCUGCUGAGCAUAGAGAGAGAGGAAACGGACAAAACUAACUUUGAUGGCAUCAUAGACCAAUUUGCAUCCAUGAAAGCAAGGAGGGCCCAGUUAUGAUUUUAGGUUAUAUAUUUUUGGAUAUUUAUCGCAUUUUUGGUUAUUUAUCGCAUUUUUGGUUAUUUAUUGCAUUUUGAAUUUUUUUUGUGAUUUUUGUGAUUUUUAAAAUUUUUUAAAUAAAAGUUUUCUGAAA